UCGAUGCUUCGCUCUGUGGGGCCAGACCUUCGGUCAAAUACAUUGGUCGGCGGUGUUCUGCCCGUACGCUUCUCGGCCCUCGCUAGGGUACAGAAAGCACGUCUCGGCGAGAAAUUCAGAGAGGCUGAGGCCAGGGGUGCCGCUUGGUGCCUGCGGGGGAGAGUAGUUGGAGCGGGAGAUACAAUAUCUUGCCGAGCAUCGUCCGCAUCCGUAGUUUUUUCAUUAUUGUUUUGCUUCUUCCCCUUUCUGCUUAUCUUCAGUGAUUCGCCGUGAGUUUGUACAAAAGUUUGUAGGGAGAAAGGGAGAGGGGGGUGAGGGAAGAGGACGAUGAAGGACGUGGUGUUGCACGUGUACGAUGUGACGAACAGCGGAUCAGAGAAGACAAACAAUACCAUUCUCCAGAUCAAUAGGAUCUUCAAAGACCGCAUCGGUCUCGGCGGCAUCUUCCACAGCGCCAUUCAGGUUUAUGGAGAUGAAGAAUGGUCAUUUGGCUUCUGUGAAAAUGGUCCUGGAGUUUUCAAUUGCCCUUCUGGUAAAAACCCAAUGUAUACCUAUCGUGAGAGGAUUGUUCUUGGAGAGACUAACUGUUCAUUGUUUAAAGUAAAACAAAUAUUGAGGGAACUUAGUCGAGAAUGGCCUGGUGACUCGUAUGAUCUUCUAUCAAGAAAUUGCAACCAUUUUUGUGAUGUAUUCUGUGAAAGUCUUGGCGUACCAAAACUUCCAGUAUGGGUCAAUCGGUUUGCAAAUGCUGGUGAUACUGCCAUGAUUGUAGCUGGAAAUACUGCAUUUCAGCUAAGGAGGGCAAAAGAUGAGAUCAUAACAGCAAGUAAAGUGGCCUAUAGAUUCCUUGCAAGCAAAGCUUCAAAUUUACAAGCCUCUCCAGAGCCUUCAACUGACUCAAACAGAGAAGGAACCACUCCUAGAUUGCAGGGGUCAUGGCUAAAGAAUCUUGCAUCCUUCGGCGCCAAGCCAUCGUCAGGUAGGUCAACAGAUGUUUCUGAAACAAGCGAUGAGACUCAUCCCUUAGGACCUCGUUUGCCUUCAGAAACAUUUCAACAAUGAGUGUACAAAUUCUUCAUCAUUUAUUUUUCUAUUCCUGUUCUUUACAAUUCUUCACAUUCUCUCCAUCUCCUGUUUGUUGUGAACAAUUAAUUGUUUAAGCCGAUUUGUACUUUUAUUCAUCAUUUUAGAAUCUGUGCUGUCACCCGUAGGUAUUUUUAUUUGCUCAUUGUGUUUAUUGUUAGAGUGCUUUGUAAUCAAUGUAAGAGAAGAAAAAAAAAAGUCAUUCAAGAAAAAUUUGAUACCGAUUAUGCGAGCACUCAUUUUACUGGCCAUU